CGGAUCGGUACCGUGAGGCUUCUGGUGCCAGGAGCAAGGCGAAGACGCCCGGCUCGAAAGAAACAGAGGCGCCCCAGGAUCCCAGGGGAGCGCGCGGAGCUCCAGAGGCUUCUGCUCGUGCCGCUUUCUCCUCUUCCGUUCGCGUGCACUGCCCAGGGCGCCACGCCCGUGCUGCUGGAGGGUCGUCCGGCGGGUGGCCCUGGUCCGCAGCGGUUGCGUGCCGUGCCCCCGCGCUCGUGGCGUCUGGUGCAGGCGUGCGCACUGGCAGCGGCCCUGGUGGACCUGCUGGUGGCCGCUGCCCGUCUUCCGCGGUGCGGCUGGCGGCUGAUGCCCUACUUGCGCGCGUUCUUCCUGGUGUCGGGCGACCCGGUGUUGCGCAGGGAGGUCGUGAGCUGCCUGCGCCUCAUGCCCGAGUUCCUGAAGGUGCUGCUGCUCCUGGCCACCUUCGUGCUGCUCUCUGCCUGGCUGGGCGCUGUUCUCUUCACCAUCGACGGCCCCGAGGGGAGCUACUUCACAAACUUUGCCGUGUCCCUGUGGUCGCUGAUGGCGCUGCUCGCCACCAACAACUUCCCAGACAUCAUGAUGAAGGGGUACACGACGAAUCGGGCCUACGGCAUCUUCUUCACGGCGUACUUGGUCCUCGGUCUUUUCCUUCUCCUCCAGAUGGUCAUCGCCGUGGUGUACAACAGCUACAUCCGGCAGCGGGAGGCCGACCUGAAGCUGCAGGCGGCGAGGAGGCAGCACCUUCUGGCCGAGGCCUUUGGCGCCCUGGACAGCAGCGGCCGCGGCUGGCUCGAGAGCGGCGAUCUGGACGCGCUGCUGGCCGCCCUGGGCGAGGAGAGUGGCGUCCACCUGCGCGACGAGGCGCGCCGGGCCCUGGUGUUCGCGGUGCUGGACGCGGACGGGUCUGGGCGCGUGGAGCCGGGCGAGUUUGGCGGCCUGGUGCGUGUGCUCGGCCUCCGCUUCGAGCCCGAGCGCCGCCCCUGGCUCGAGGCCUCCAUGCCGGAGCUCUGGUCGCGGUGUGGCUGCGACAGGCUGGGCGAGAUCCUGGGCGGGCGGCGGUUGGAGCUCGCCAUCGACGGCAUCCUGGUUGCCAGUGUUUGCGUGACGUUCGUCCAGACGUGGCCCCUGCUGAUUGGCUCAGAGGAUCAGAGGCUGAAUGAGUUCACGUUGGACAACGUUGUGGAUCUGGCCGUCACCACUGUGUUCCUCAUGGAGCUCGUUCUGAAGAUCGCGAUUCUGGGCUGGCACACCUACUGGGUCUCCUGGAAGAACCGCUUCGACGCCGUGGUCACCGUGGCCGCCGUUGGCGCCUUGGGGUACGUCGUGAUCCCGAACGGGUAUAAUGAUUACAUGCUGGUGAGGAGCGUUGUGCUGCUGAGACUGUUUCGGCUCUUGCGGCUACUCGCGGACGUUCCAGCCUUCGCCACGGUUCUGGCGGCGAUGGCCGCCGUCGGGCCGGGGGCCAGGAGGGUUCUGCCGCUACUCCUGUGCGUUAUGAUGGCAUUUGCUGUCCUCGGCUGCGAUAUCUUUGGUGGCUGUAUCACCAAUGACCCCGGCAUUUCUCAAGCGAGCCCGCUCAGUGGCACGUCGUUUGGCCAGAAUGGGUACUACGCGCUCAACUUCAACGAUCGCCCAGGUGGCAUCGUGACACUCUUUGCGUGCCUUGUCAUGAACAACUGGAAUGUGUACGUCGAAGGCUUCGCGGCGGCCUCUGGGCCAGGCGCGUACGCCUUCUUCACUGUCUGGUGGGUCGUCGGCAACCUGCUGGGGCUGAAUCUGGUCACGUCGGUUGUCCUCGACGCAUUCGUGGACAGGUGGGGCGCCAUGCACAGCGGGGAAGUGCCAGCGCUGGAGCUGGCUGGCCCGCACGGGGUAGCCUUCGACGCGGGCGUCGUGAGCGGCACGCGGACCGGCCUGAGUGGUCGGUGGACGGUGCGAGCCGGGCCCGGCCCCGCGUCCGGGUUCGCCGCCGCGCCCGGUGAGCUGCGCAGGAUGCUGGAGCCGAGCCGUGUGCGCGAGCCGCCACGCGAGGCGCUGCAGAAAGGGCUCGCCUUCGAGAGGCCCAGACCUUCGGGGCGGUGGGAGGAAGCGUCAACUUCUGGCCCAGAACUGGCAUCCUCUCCGCCGCCGCCCGCCGAGGAAGUGGUGCCAACCUCCUUUGGCCAGGAGUUGGCACCUCCCGGGCGGACGGCGGCGUACUGCCGGCGAGAGGCGGCGGGCGCCCCACCGGGGGCGGCUCCGCCAGCGGACGCGGCCG